UGGCUGCACUCGUGCGAGGUAGUGCUAGGGAUCCUUCUUACCGUAAUGGAUCCUUUUUUCGCGAAUCCCUCAAUGAUCACCAGCGGCGAUGGCUGGACAGAGCAUGUUUCCAAGGAGGGCAGGAAGUAUUACUACAACACGCUGACGCAAGAGAGUCAAUGGGGGAAGCCGCUCUCCUUGCAAACCCCCGAAGAGGCACAAAUUUUGCUGAAAACAGGCUGGCAGGAGUUCUCUAGCGCAGAUGGAAAGAGUUACUGGUUCCACAGCGCCACCAAGAGAAGCGUAUGGAGUACUCCGAAGGAAGUGGAGGAGAUGCUCAAGUCUCUGCAAGAGGAGCGAGAAGACUGGCCACAAUUCAAGAGCAAGGAUGAGGCUAAGACGUUUCUAGUGAAAUUGUUCGAGUUGAAAAAGUUUCCUCCUCGAAUCAGUUGGGAAAAUGCUUCCAAAAUCCUCGAGUCGGACAGGCGCUGGUCGUGCUUUUCCAUCUUAACGCGUGGAGAACGCAAGCAGACGUUUGCAGAAUAUAUGGGCUCAAGGGGGAAGCGGGCCGCUGAAGAAGAGCGCCAGAAGCGGAAACGCGCGAAGGAUUUGAUGGUGAAGAACCUUCUGGAAUGGAAGGAACUCAGUUUCAAGACAACCUAUAUAGAUGUGGCGGAUCGGUUCCACUUUGAAGAAUGGUGGACUUGGAUGCAAGAAAGCGAGCGCGAUGAAUUUUUCCAGGAAUGGAUGUUUGAUAAUGAACAAAUGUUUAAAAACAAAGUCAAGGAAAGACGACGUGCAGACGUGGCCAUGCUCGAGGAAAUUCUCGAGCAGAAUCCUACGGAAUACCCAUUUCAGAAGAAAUGGAGUGAAGUCAGGGACCAGCUUCUGUCGCAUCCAAAGCUACAAAACAUGAUGAAGAUUGAUGUUUUGCAGGUGUGGGAGGAGUGGGUACGGCACGGCUAUGACCAGGAGCGGAAGCAGCGGCAGGCGCAGAACUUUCGGAGGCAAAGAAAGCGAAGAGACGCUUUUAGAGAGCUUUUGCAAGAUGCAGUCGACAAAGGGGAAGUGAGCAGCCGGACGGAGUGGGCAUCUUUUGUGCGACGCAUCGAGAAGGAUCCGCGCUACACUGCAAUGGUUGGGCAAGGCGGAAGCACUCCACGGGAGUUGUUUUGUGAUGCGGUUGAGCGGCUGCGCGAGCAACACGAGCAGCUGAAGCAGAUUUUGAAGAGGAGCGCUGAACGGGCCGGACUCGACAUCAGAGAUCCUGCACUUUCGUUUAAUCAAUUUUACGAGGCCGUCAGGGGGCAGGAAGACGUGAAGAAUUUGAACGUUCUGAACACCAAGAUGGUUUUUGAGGCUUUGCGCCAGUCAGAAGGAAAGUCUAGUGCGUCUCACACGGACGCAAAGACUAGGAGCCGUAGCGGUCGAGGCGACACGGAUGGCAGCAGCUACCGCAGCAGCAGACAAGAAGAAAGCAGCAGCAGCAGCAAAGCGCACAAUGACAGCAGCUCCAGUGCGCGUGACAGAGAACGCAGCGAAAGGGAGCGUGAUAGAGUGUCUUCUAAAGGAGAUGAUUCGAGGUCACGGAAAAACCACAGAAGUUACCAUGAUCGCAGCUCGAGUCGGCCUCGGGAUGAGGGCAGGGAUGGAGAUGUUGAUCAGAUGCGCAAAAGGCGCAAUGUUGAAGAUGAUCGUAGGCGGAGGCACUAG